CUUAAAUAAGAAGUAGCAGUUAUAUACUAUAAUAUACUUACUAAUAGUUUUUCUUGUAAUUUAUAUUAAAUUCUUGGAAAAUGCAAAGAGGAAGUGAAGAAGAAGUGGAAGGUGAUGUUGAAGAUGAAGAAUUCAUUGAUGAGGAGUGUUCAGAAGAAGGUGAAGGUGACAGGAGAGCUAAAGGAGCAGCUAUCGGAAGAACAAUUACUCUCCAGAUGCUGUUGGCAGCCAAUAUUCUUCAACCUGGUGAAGCCAACAUGUCUAUUGAGUAUAUGGGCCAGAGAUUUCUAGGAGAUUUAUUGUCAGAUGGAAAAAUUAAAUCUUUGGAAACUGAUAUAAUAUUUGCUUCACCGAGUGCUUGGGCUUGCCACUGCAAAAGAAUGGUGAACCCUGACAAGAAGUCUGGAUGUGGUUGGGCAUCAGUUAAAUACCAGGGCCAAAAGCUUGACUAUUUCAAGAACAAGUAUUUUAAGCAAUUACAGAGAGGUGAAGAUGAUGUUGAAGAGGAAGCUGGGGAAAAGGCAGGAGACUCAAGACAUGGCAAGUCAUGUAUGGGUCCUGGUAAAUCUUCAGCCAUUGAUGGGAACACACUGCUUGAAGCUACACCAUUCUCUUCACUUGGGAAGAUUCAGCCUUUCCUAGUGUCCAUCUCCACCAAUGCAGCCCUCGUAAUUGACUUCCAUUGUCAUCUGACCACAUCCGAAGUUGUCGGUUAUCUGGCUGGUCACUGGGAUAUCAAUGCCCAUGUUCUAUGUAUAACAGCUGCCUAUCCUUGCCGAUGUAGAUUAAAUGAUGCUGAAUUGGCACCACUGGUUGAGGAAGAUAUUGCAAGAGCUAUUGAAGCUCGUAGGUUGUCCCUCAUUGGAUGGUACCACUCCCAUCCGAAUGCACCGCCCACACCUACGUUAAGGGAUGUCGAAGCCCAACUGGAUUAUGAAAUCAGAAUGAAGGGAAGCUCAGAUGCUGCAUACUUACCUUGUAUAGGUUUCAUUUGUUCACCUUAUGCAGAGGAUAGUGUGAGUUUGGAAUCAAGCCUCUCCAGCUUCUGGGUAAUUCCUCCUCCGGAAUCAAAGCCGCAUGACCAUGGGAAGCCGAUGUUAAUGACUUAUAGUGUCAUUCAAGACCAGUUUCUUUCACAGGAUGCUCUUAAUGAGAUGAAAAAGUGUUCGGAAUUUUAUAGAGGUGAUCAAGACUUCAUAAAUUUUAGUGAGAAGUAUAAGGGAAAUAUAACUUACUUGGAAAAGAUGAAGGCUUCAGUUAGCUCGAAGUUUCCACGGGAUCAGUCUGAUGGACUUCUAUGGUCAGUUUUGAGUGAGCUAGUCUGCCCUCCAGCCCCUAAGCCUGCAAAUCCUGGAUACAUUAGUGCAGACAUUGCCUCUGCUCUCUUCGCUACGGGUAAAUUCCCCCCGGCACUUGUAUCACUCUUCCCUCCAUUUAUCCCUGGCAUAUCUCAACCACCCACUUCUUCUUAACCUUCUUCCUCAAUGGAAGUUUCUUCUUAUCUUUUUGAUAGGAAGAGCUACCUAUUUUUUCAGCAUCCUUAAAUUCGAGGAAAGAAACAUAAGAGAAAGACAGUUAUUUUCGUUUAUUUAAAUUAGUCAUUUCAGUGUCAAAAUUGGACUUUAAAUUUGACAUAAUUUAAUAACACAUAAAGGUUGACUAAAAGACGACAUAACUAUAAAUUGAUCAACAUAACUGUAAAUAAAUCAAUAGCUAUAAAUUGAUGAAUAGUUGUCAUUAUGCUGAUCUAAAUCUAAUAAAUAAAUGUUGAUCUAAGUUUAUAGAUCUAAAUUGAAUGCUACCAUAUUUGGUGGGAAUCUAAUUGAUAUUACGAUCUUAAUAUGCCUAGAUUUUAAUAUAAAAUAAAUAUUAUGACAAGAAUUAGAAGUGGUCGAUGAAUCAUUUAAUUUAAUGGAUUACCAAACAAAUAUUUAUUUGUUUUGUAUAACAGCAAUGUUAUAAAAAGAAACUUUCAAAAUACAAAUGUAUUUAUAUCUCCUUUAAUGAUUUUUUAUCUUGAUAAAACUGUAAUUUUACUUUAAACAAUGGAGGUCUGGUUUGUUUUCUCGGUGUCCAUAUUUUUCCUGAGACAUUUUUGAAAGUUUCUUAUUGCUAAAAGAAAUGACAUGUAACUAUUAAGUGUUCAUUAAAAUGUUAUUAAUAGUAUAAAUUGAUGAUGUGGCCAAAUAGGACUCAUACGCCAAAAGUUACAUUUGACUAAUGAACGCUGAACUUCCUAAA